AUGGCCAUGAUGCGUGCAAACAUGGAGGAAGAUAAAGAAGCAACUAUGGCACGUUUUCUUGCAGGGUUGAAUUUUGAAAUUGCUAACGUUGUUGAGUUACAACAUUUUGUCAAGUUAGAUGACAUGGUGUAUAUGGCCAUCAAAAUUGAAAGACAACAGCAUAGAAAGUCUUCUUACCAAGGUAAUACUCCUUCUAAAGUUUCCUUUAAUCCAUCUGUUACUCCUAAUAAUGCUAGGAAGCAAGCACCAUUUAAUAUUAAGGAAAGAGCGGAAACGAGUAGUCCAAAACCUCUCAUUGUUGAAAAUGGACGUGGAAAGCAACAUAUACAAACAGAACGCACAAGAGACAUCCAAUGUUUCAAAUGCCUUGGUAGAGGGCAUGUUGCAAAGUCUGAAUCUGACAAUGAUGAGCAAGACACCCCCUUGGUGGACGAUGAUGAAGAUGAUGACCAAGUACAGACUUAUGCAACUGAAAAGCAAAUCACCUUAGCACCUUUGACACCCAGUCAAGUGCAAGAAGACCAAGUCCGAUUGAAAAAGAAUAGUGAAGAAGCAAAGGGGAAGAAAAAGAUAAAUGUGUAUGCAAGCAGAAAAGAGAUCAGGAAGUGUCUUUCCUCUCAACAAUCUUUACUCAUUUUAAUGUAUAAAGAGCAUUGUUUGUUGGUUGAAAUUCCCCCUGAUUUGCCUUUGUCUAUUGCAUCUCUUUUGCAAGAUUUUGAAGAUGUGUUUCCUCAAGAAAUUCCAGAUGGAUUACCACCAAUUAGUGGAAUUGAACAUCAAAUUGAUUUCAUCCCUGGAGCUACCAUUCCAAAUAGACCAGCCUACCGGAGUAAUCCUGAGGAAACGAAGGAGUUACAGAAACAAGUCAAAGAGCUGUUGAACAAAGGACACAUUCGAGAAAGUUUAAGUCUUUGUUCUGUACCAGUUUUGUUGGGACAAGCAGUUGAUCCAGAAAAGAUUAAGGCAAUUCAAGAAUGGCCAGAACCAGUCAACAUAAGUCAAGUUCGUAGCUUUCAUGGGUUAGCCAAACAAGAUGAAGCAUUUAAGGAACUCAAGGAUUAUUUGAAAAAGGCUCCCCUAUUAGCCUUGCCAAACUUUGAGAAGACAUUUGAAGUUGAAUGUGAAGCCUCCUGGAUUGGGAUUGGUGCUGUUUUGAGUCAAGAAGGAAAACCAAUCACUUACUUUAGCAAAAAGCUAAAUGGUACAACCUUUAAUUAUCCAGUAUAUGACAAAGAGAUGUAUGAACUCAAUCGAACAUUAGAGACUUGGCAGCACUACUGA